CUCGCACGUCAAGACUGUCAAGAGUCAACAUUUUAAAAGGAAAACAAAAACAAAUAAUUCAAGAAAAGAAAUUAGUUAUAUGUUAGUUAUUAUCAAACAGUUUUUUAGCGAAACUUUAUCUUGAAAUAAAUGUUUUUUAACCUGAUACAAGUAAAUAUUCCACCAAAAUUCUUUUGUAAUUCGAUACUAUUUAUUUUGGUCAUUAUCUCCUGGUACUGUGCAUUGAGCGUAGAUCGGCAUUUUUGGAACAAAAAUUUGUAUUGAACAUUGAACAAUAAGUAAUGCCGCUUACCUCGUUAUCUAAGCCACUUACAGCAGAAACUGCUGCCCAGCAGGUGCAAGAACGUUUAAAAGCUCUUCAUCAAUUAGUACAUGAUAUUGAUAAGAAAAGGUUUGUGAAUGAGCAAGGGAUUGUAGCCCUGCAAUCUUACCACCAAGACGAAAAGGGUGGCCAAAGCUCACAGAGGAUAAAAUCUUUAUACAAGUCUUGCGUUGCUCAAGCAGAGCAAGAGGAAGAACUUAUUCGCAAAGCUCUUCAAAAAAUAACCGAGAUAAGAAACAUUAAGAAUGAAAGAAGAAUACAGUCUCGUAUUGCUUCAAAUAAGGAAUCUAUGAGAAAGGGUAUAAGGAUGAAAAUGUUAAACAGUUCAGCUCAUACUUUUCCUCUUUAUGUGGGAAAAAUUGGUGAAAAACCGCCUCCUCUCUGUGGUGCUGUUCCUGCUGACCCAAAUUACAUUGCAAAGGUAGGUGAUAUGGUGGCUGCUCAUGUCGAAGAUUCUGCAGAGGGAAAGACCUGGAUUCUUGCCGAAGUGGUUUCCUACAACCAUAACACCAGCAAGUAUGAGAUAGAUGAUAUUUUAAAGGAGCAAAACCAAAAGGGCAGACAUACUUUGAGUAGACGUCGAGUUAUACCAUUGCCACUGAUGAGAGCCAAUCCCGAAACUGAUCCUCAGGCUUUAUUCCCACAAGGGACUUUAGUCAUGGCUCUGUUUCCACAAACGACUUGCUUCUACAAAGCAUUAGUAAAUAAACCUCCUUCCACCCACAACGAUGAAUACGAAUUACUGUUCGAGGAUCCCAGUUACACUGAGGGUUAUAGUCCUCCACAUUCGGUUGUUCAACGUUACGUGAUCGCUUACAAGCCCAAGAUCAAGCAGGGCCAGGAUUCAAGCAGUUGACGGUGCGCGUCAGACAGCGGUAUGUCUGACAACGAAGAUGUUCUAGAAUCUGAGGAACUAGCAAAUUGAGUAGAGACCAAAAACUUAUAACAAAUAGGAUGUUUAUUCAAUAUUAUAUAAAAGUACAUAAAUCAUAAUGAUUAUAAAAUUUUUCUGAAUAAUCUGUUGUUGGAUUUUGACAUUUGACAUGUGACAAUAGAACCAACAAAUAAGGUUCUUUUGUUCGUCCCACUGGUGUAGGAGUGAACUACACCAACGCACACCAUACCUUUCGUUUGGCCCGGUGUAAAAUCCACUACACCUUCUUGUCAGCGAUGUGGUGUCCACUGGUGGAUAUUUUUCCCACCAGCUAUUUAGCGUGAGUGAAUUACACUCGACAUGUGUAUCAGGAAUAAGGAGGAAGUAAACUAGGUAAAUAAGGUGGUGUAGCUGGUGUAAUUUACAUUAGUGGACGCUGCACCAACAGCGACCGAAAGAACCUAAUAGGUUCUUUUGUUUGUCCCACUGGUGUAGGAAUGAACUACACCAACGGACACUAUAUAUUUCAUUUGGCCUGGUGUAAAAUCCACUACACCUUCAUGUCGGCGAUUUAGCAGAAGUGAAUUACACUCGACUUGUGUAUAAGAAACAAGGAAGAAGUAAACUAGGUAAAUAAGGUGGUGUAAUUUACACUUGUGGACGCUGCACUAACAGCGAACGAAAGAACCUAUAAUAUCAGGUUACCUGUCAAAUUAUUUUAAGGCGUUUCAUUGUAGUUAAUGUAAUUAAAGAGUGUUUGACAGUGAGUUUGUAUAAAUUUAAAUGUAUUACAAUGUUAAUAUAAGCUUUGUUAAAGACAUGUUAUGUAAUUAAUAUUAAUAGAU